AUGCAGCGGUCAGUUCUCGACUUUCUCAAGGCAAAUGUGUCCACAUUUGCGUGGUCCAUGUCAGACAUGAAAGGAAUAGAUCCGGCCAUAACAACUCACGAACUAAACGUCGAUCCGACAGUCAAGCCUAUCCGACAGAAGCGACGCAAGCUCGGUCCAGAUAGGUCAAAGGCUGUAAACGAAGAGGUCGACCGGUUGCUCGGCGCUGGCUCAAUUGCUGAGGUACGCUACCCUGAGUGGUUGGAAAAUCCAGUAGUCGUCAAAGAGAAGAACGGGAAAUGGCGCGUCUGCGUCGAGUUCACAGACUUAAAUAAAGCCUGCCCAAAGGAUAGCUAUCCUCUUCCCAACAUCGACCGUUUAGUCGAGUCCACGGCUGGAAACGAGAUUCUCACCUUCAUGGACGCUUUCUCUGGGUACAACCAAAUCAUGAUGCACCCCGACGAUCGCGAAAAAAUGGCAUUUAUCACGGAUAGAGGAACCUACUGCUAUAAGGUCAUGCCAUUCGGUUUGAAGAACGCAGGAGCAACCCAACAACGGCUUGUGAACAAAAUGUUCGCAGACAAGCUGGGCGUCACCAUGGAAGUAUACAUCGACGAUAUGCUUGUCAAGUCGCCACACGCUGCUGAUCACCUCUGUUACUUGAAAGAUUGCUUCGAAACCCUCAACAAAUACGACAUGAAACUGAACCCAGCAAAGUGCACGUUUGGGGUUUCCUCAGGCGAGUUCCUUGGAUACAUAGUCAAGCAGCGGGGAAUCGAAGCCAACCCGAAGCAGAUCUCCGCGGUCCUGAACCUUCCGAGCCCAAAAAACAGUAGAGAAGUGCAACGGCUUACGGGUAGGAUAGCUGCACUCAACCGGUUCAUCUCCAGAUCCACCGACAAAUGCUUGCCAUUCUACGACCUCCUCCGAGGUAACAAAAGGUUUAUCUGGGAUGAGAAAUGCGAGGAGGCAUUUAUCCAACUCAAGCAUUAUCUGACAACACCACCCAUUCUCGCCAAGCCAGAUGUCAGCGACGUUCUAUCUCUUUACGUCGCAGUAUCACAAGCAGCAGUCAGUUGUGUCCUAAUAAAAGAGGAUCGUGGUAAGCAAAAGCCAAUCUUCUACACGAGUAGGCGCAUGACCGGACCAGAAACGCGAUACCCAACUCUGGAGAAAAUGGCACUGGCAGUCGUCGAAGCGGCGAGAAAGCUUCGCCCUUACUUUCAGUCACAUUCGGUUGAAGUACUAACCGACCAGCCCCUCCGAACGAUACUUCAAAAUACAAACAGGUCCGGAAGACUAACGAAGUGGGCUAUCGAACUCGGUGAACUUGAUAUCACUUACAAGAAUAGGACUGCAGCAAAAUCUCAGGUUCUCGAAGACUUCUUAAUCGAAUUGGCCCCGGAGUUAGAGCAAGAUCUCACACUCCCAAACCCAAACUGGACACUGCAUGUCGACGGAUCUUCGACUAACAGGGGCUGCAGGAAAUACGAAUCUUUGAUCGCUGAACUCCGCUUAGCAAAAGCUAUCAAGGCCAAACGCCUAAGCGCCUACUGCGACUCGCAGUUAGUCGUCAGUCAGUUUAGCGGCGAUUACGACGCCCGCAACGAUCGGAUGAACGCCUACCUCAAGAUAGUACAGGGAUUAGCCGCAGAGUUCGAAUUCUUCGAACUCGUCAAAGUUCCCAGAGGAGAAAACGUCUACGCCGACGCCCUUGCAGCCCUUGGAAGCAAGCUUCAUGACCAAGUUAAACGAACUAUUCCAAUACACCGCAUUGAGAAGCCGAGCAUCGAUAUCUUGACGGACCAAACCACCAUCAUAGCCCCGAUCACCGAAACCGACACUCUCGUUACUGAUGAAUUCGGCCCCGACUGGCGAACUGAGUUCAUCGACUAUCUCUCAAAGGGGGAACUUCCAACUAAGAAAUGGGCAGCCCGCCGACUAAAAACACGCAGUGCCCAUUAUGUCGUCCUAGACAACGAACUCCAUCGAUGGACUGCGAGUAAAGUACUACUCAAAUGCAUCCACGGCAAAGAAACGGCCAGGGUUAUGGCCGAAACACACGAAGGCGCUGGAGGAAACCAUUCGGGCGGACGAGCAUUAGCAAUCAAAGUGAGAAGCCUAGGCUUCUUCUGGCCGACGAUGAACGCAGAUUGCGAGUCCUACGCCAGAAGCUGUGACAAGUGCCAACGGCAUGCACCAAGCAUCCAUUGUCCAACUGAAAUGUUACGAACGACAGUCGCGCCGUACCCGUUCAUGCGAUGGGCAAUGGAUAUCAUAGGACCUCUUCCAUGCUCCCGCCAGCGGCGUUUCAUUCUCGUCCUCACUGAUUACUUCACCAAAUGGAUCGAAGCUGAAGCCUACGCUCAAGUCACCGACAAAGAAGUCCGUGGGUUCGUCUGGAAAAACAUCAUCUGCCGCCACGGUCUACCGUACGAAAUCGUUACUGAUAAUGGAUCACAGUUCAUGUCGGGCAACUUCAAGGAGUUUUGCAGCAAAUGGAACAUUCGUUUGAGCCCCUCUACCCCUCGUUACCCACAGGGAAAUAGCCAAGCGGAAUCCUCCAACAAGCUCAUCAUCGACGGCAUUAAGAAACGUUUAGACCUGAAAAAGGGUCAUUGGGCCGACGAACUCGACGGAGUUCUAUGGAGCCACCGCACAACAUCACGAGGGUCGGCCAAAUCGACACCUUUCUCUCUUGCAUACGGUGUCGAGGCUAUGGCUCCCGCAGAAGUUAACGUUUCAAGCCUCCGACGCUCGAAAAUGCCCCAGUAUGUCGAACUCAACAAGGAGAUGCUGCUUGAUGCCCUCGAUGAAAUUGAAGAACAACGGGACCAAGCUCUGCUGCGAAUCCAAAACUAUCAACAUCAGAUAGAGAGUUACUACAACAAAAAAGGUCCGAGCCAGACCCCUUGA